AUGGCUCGAGAUCAAGCAGAGCCUCUUCUUCGGGAUUCACGACCGUCUUCAGAACAGUCCUCUGAGCGACAUCUUGAAGAGGAAGACGCCUAUAUCUCAGGCAAGGAGGCACCGCCGAGGAAGCGAGGACGGGAGGCGUGGCGAGAGAUUGGUCUAUUCGCAUGGGCUGUCAUUGCCACAGCGCUCGUUAUCAUACUUGGCGUUCUAUACCAGCAUGGACAGACAACGCAGCCAGCACCUUCGGACGAUGGAGGGAAAGAUAGCGCGAAACCGAAAGGCAAACGGAACAUGAUAUUCAUGGUCUCUGAUGGCAUGGGUCCUACAUCGUUAUCUAUGACCAGGUCUUUCCUCCAGACAUCUUCAGACUUUCCAUUUGACCAUGAAUUGGUUCUGGACUCGCAUUUAAUUGGUUCAUCCCGAACUCGUAGCACAGAUUCCCUCAUCACAGAUUCUGCAGCUGGUGCUACUGCGUUUUCGUGCGGAAAGAAAUCAUACAACUCUGCUAUCUCAGUUCUACCCGAUCAUUCAGCCUGCGGAACAGUAUUGGAAGCUGCAAAGGAGGCAGGCUACAUGACGGGCCUGGUAGUCACAACGAGAAUCACAGAUGCCACUCCAGCAUGCUUUGCGGCGCAUGUAAACAGACGAGAGUCAGAAGACGAGAUUGCAGAGCAAGAGAUUGGUCACAGCCAUCCAAUGGGCCGAGUAGUUGACCUCAUUUUGGGCGGAGGCAGAUGCCACUUCAUGUCAAAUUCCACACAAGAUUCUUGCCGUCAAGACAAUACAGAUGUCAUUCAGAUAGCCAAAGAUAGCGGCUGGGAGUAUAUUUUCAAUCGCAACGACUUCGACAACCUUGACAAGGGCUCUGCCGUCAAACUACCUCUCCUUGGCCUCUUCGCUUCUACCGACAUUCCCUACGAAAUCGACCGCAAGCUUCAAACAGACAAAUACCCUUCCCUCUCCGAAAUGGCCUCAGUGGCCCUCACCGCCCUCUCAAAAGCCACCCAGAACUCCGACAAGGGCUUCUUCCUCAUGAUCGAAGGCUCGCGUAUCGACCACGCCGGCCACGCCAACGAUCCGUUAGCCCAAGUCCACGAGGUCCUUGAAUACGACAAAGCCUUUUCGACCGCUCUGGACUUCCUCGACAAAGAUGCCACUGAGGGCGUCAUAGUCAGCACCUCUGACCAUGAAACCGGCGGCUUAGCUGCCGCCCGUCAGCUCUCAGAAGACAAGUACCCGCAAUACGCUUGGUACCCAGACAUGCUUGUAAACGGCACCCACAGCGCUUCCUUCCUAGCUCAUGAGCUGAAGGGGCAUAUGGGCUCACCGAUGGGCAGCUCCGAGAGUGCCAUGAAGACCUUCAUCCGCUCGCAAAUCGUCGAGGCCGGCCUUGGAGUCAAAGACGUCACGGACGGAGAGAUCGAUGAGAUAUGGGAUAGUGUACACCCCGACCCAAAGCAACAGACUGGAUACCUUCUAGCCGACAUGAUAAGUCGCCGUGCACAAAUCGGAUGGAGCUCUCACGGACACUCCGCCGUGGACGUGAAUAUCUACGCCAGCAGCCCUGAUGCUGCGAAACCCUUGAUUGGAAAUCAUGAGAAUACGGAGAUUGGGGAGUUCAUGGCUAGCUAUCUGGAUCUAGAUUUGGGGAAGAUUACCGAGGAGUUGCAGGCGAAGGCGCCCAAGGAAGAGAGUUGGAAGGGAGCGUUAGUUAGUGAUGAGGAUAGUAAUGAGGGUCUGGAUCAUUAUCAUGGGGAAUUCAAGAAGCGGAGGAAGAGGGCAAUUGGCAAGACGUAA